UUACACAAGUGUUUAAAAUGUUUCAGGGUAUGAAUGCCAAAUCGAUUGUUGGGUAGAAAAUAUAUUUAGAGACACUGAAGAAAAAAUUUCAAAUUGACUUCGGUCCAGUUCUAGCACUGUACCCUCAUACACCACAGCUCUGUCAAAAGAGGAGCAAGCUUGUGCUCUGGGCUUGUAGAUAUGAAACGUCCCAUACUUUUCUUUUCUUUCCUUCCCUAUAGGAUAUGCUUUCCUACAUCAAUCAAAACGGGCCGUUUACAGAAGGCAUCUUCAGAAAAUCAGGCAAUAUACAAUCACGCAGGGCCCUAAAGGAGAAACUAAACUCUGGGGACAAAGUGAACUUGGAUGAUGAAUCCAUUCUUGUGGUAGCAUCCACCUUAAAGGAUUUUCUUCAAAAUAUUCCAGGAAGCAUAUUUUCAGCCACUCUCUAUGAUAAAUGGCUUGAUGUUAUUGAUCAAGGGAAUGAGGAGGAGAAAAUAACUGCGACCCAGAGGCUUCUAGACCAGCUGCCAAGAGCCAAUGUAGUUUUUCUGCGAUACCUUUUUGGAGUGUUACACAACAUUGAGCAACAUUCCUCAUCCAAUCAGAUGACAGCUUAUAUUUUAUCAGUGUGUAUGACCACAAGCAUUCUUGGUCUGCUUAAUUCGGGCAGCACAGCAUUCGAAAACUUCACCAAGAAGAUUUCUUUCAUACAAUUUCUCAUUGAAAACUGUCUCAAGAUAUUUGGAGAAAGUAUCACGUCUCUCUUUGGACCGAAAUCAGUGAGUUGUGAUAACAGUGAUAGCACUGACAUCACUGAUAACAGUGAGAAGGUUGCAGACAAGAAGACAGUUAGCAAGAGUUCUGUCAAAACCUGGGCCUUUUGGUGUAGCUCCAGGACUCGCGAGGACAACCAACACCCACCUCUACCACCCACAAAGCCAAAACAGCUCUUUGGAGCUCCUCUUGAGGAUGUAUGUGAUAACGACAGCCUGCCCACCCCAAUUCUGGAUAUGCUUUCCUUUAUCAACAAAAACGGGCCGUUCACAGAAGGCAUCUUUAGAACAUCAGGCAAUAUACAGUCACGCAGGGCCCUAAAGGAGAAACUAAACUCAGGGGACAAAGUGAACUUGGAUGAUGAGUCCAUUCUUGUGGUAGCAUCCACCUUAAAGGUAAGGAACGUUUGAGCCUUAUCCACACACAGA